AUGAUUUCGUGGGUGACAGACUUUCUCUCAUACUUAACUGCAGAUGCUCGUCAUCCACGCCAUCACCGUACCACAUACCUAGCAAAGAUAUUCACACCAUCAAUUGACUACCUAUUGUCGGCGCCCUCCACGUCUCUCACUGCUAUCUCCAGCACAUCUAAUAUUGUUCCACCUGAUUGAAGCGCCUUGUCGCUCGUUGCCUGGGGCUUCGAUGAACGGGUAUCUUGUAAUCCACCGACAUGGCAAAAUUGGGUAGUGUGAAGUGAGUUGUUUCGCCGUCCCAUCCUUCGACAAUGUCAGACACAACCGAUAUACCCGUUCUGACAGUACGCUUGACAUAUUGUUCCGGGUUUCCUUGGUGAUUAGAAGUGUGUCUGCCACAAAGCGUUCUGCCGUUACGCUGGGCAAGAAAGCAACCGCUCUUCCUUUGGCGCUCACCCAUUCAUCUUUGGUUCCAAUCUUUUCCGUUGGUCUCUGGACCGAAUUCUUUCAGUACGCGUCGGCUUUAGCAAUGGUAGGACCGAGAGUGUUCAGCAGACUAUUCGGCCCAAAGCCUUCCUUCAGUAGCUCGAGCGCGAUCUGUGCGGCCUCCCACCCUGAGUUGAUC